CAAGCUCCGCGUCCGCCAUAGCAGCCACGACUUCUCGUUUCCACGCUAUACUGUAGAACAAGUUUCCAUUUUUAUUGUAAACAGUGGAAGCAUACACAAAUUCAAAAAGUGUUAAACGUGCACUUUCGAUUUGUCAGACUCAGCUGUGGACCGAUUUAUACAGUGUUCCCAAUUCAUAAUCCACAUUGCUGGAAAGUAAGUCUGUAGAACAUUAAAAAAAAACAGCAAAAUUCCAAACAUCAAUGCAACAUACAUCACCAAACAGAAGAGUGGCCAUUUUCCCUGGAUGUUAAGGAAUUUGAAAGGAUAACCAGCAAGAGAAAGGCGUCAAGUCUUCCACCGACCAAAAUGGCCAACAAAAUGCAGAGAUAUGAAAAAGAAAUGAAACUGUUUGAGCCAGAAGCAAAUUUGGAAGUUCUCACACAUGUUCCCCUUCGACCUAAAUCUGGCUACCAGUAUAUUUAUAAAUGGGACAGUACAACACGUCGCAAAGAUUGGCGCGCAGACGGUUACCGGUGGCGCCAGAAUGCCACUGUCAAAUUCAGUCACGGAGAUGCCAAAUGUAAACGCUAUUACUUCAAGUUGAAAAUCGGUCCCGGGAACGACUACACCAACGAGUUUUCGAAACACGCCAUAGAAUGUUCGCUGUACGAGAAACAACUCCUGAUUUGGUACCAAGGUGACAACUCGGUCGUUGUUGACUUUUCCCACGGAAAUGCCAAGGAUACCGAAAAAGAAUUCCACCGGGCAGCCCCUUCCGUUUUAAGUGAAACGAGGAGUGCCAAAAAGAAAUUACCACUCCAAGUCUAUUCCGAAUUAGUGCUGACUGCCCCCGAACAAUCAGAUAGUCGGAUUAUCACGGACGCGCCGAGGAACAUCCAACAGAUCCGGAAUGCUCAGAAAUCUGCCAGACAUGACGAACGUUUAUCCCUGGAUGCUAUUUGCAACCUGAUUGAACUACGUUCCGAAACUCACUUUGUGAACGAUGUUCAUCUUGCUCCCAAACUGCUAGUCAUUUGCUUCAAAUCAAAUACAAUCGAUGAAUUCAAACAACUUUUCAAUCGAGAAGACUUAUUCGCCCCGUGCCUGUCGUACGAUACCAGCACCUUCCAGAUGGACCCAUACAACUUGUCUAUCUUGACGUAUCGUCAAACGGAGUUUGAAGAGCUUCCUGUGAUUCCAUUAAUGUUCAUGAUCCACGAAGAUAAGCUAGAAGCGGCGCAUAAUGUCUUUUUUAUGCGACUGGACGAACUCAUCCCGGAGCUGAAAACAACCGAAGCAGUGAUUACAACCACGCAAAAUGACGAGGCCACAGCCAAUGCCAUCAAGAAAUAUUGCCCGCAUAUUUCAAUGUUAAGAAACUGGCAACACGCGCUUCAGGACAUUAAGAAGAAUCUGGAGAUUUUGGAAAUCACCGAUGAGAAGGAGGUGAAGGAAUAUGAGAGCGAUUUCAUCCGGUUGCUGGAUCAGGAGUCGGCUGGUGAUUACAAGUCCAUACUAGCCCAAAUGUAUUUGAAAAAAUGGAAAAGGUUGCAUAUUCCCGAAGAUGGCAUUUCAGCACUGUCAAAUGAUCUAUUGAACUCAUUUGAGAAGUCGAAUCAAGAACACGAUGCAGUGAAAGACAGAAAGACAGAGAACACAGACAGCAAUGAAAAAGAACAUUGUGUAGGCUCAGUUGUUGCAAACCACUACAACCAACUAUUAGAGAGAGGAGUUGCUGAGCGGAAGGAAAGCAGAAUUUUCCACAUGAGGAAUCUUAACAAUUGGAUCAAAAGCAGAAUAAUAGGAAACAUUUUAGAUCGUAUCAGGAGAGAAAACGGCUCUCAUUGCAGAUUGAAUGUACUUGACUUGGGAUGUGGAAAAGGUGGUGACCUGUUGAAAUGGGAAAGAGGAAAUGUUCAUCACGUUGUCUGUGCCGACAUUGCCGAGACGUCCAUCGAGCAGUGUAAAGAUCGCUAUGCAACUUUGAAACAUAGAUCUCGUAGCAACGUAUUUUCAGCUGAAUUCAUUGCUGCUGACUGUUCCAAAGAGAACAUUAUGGAACGCAUGGCAAAUCGUGAAUUGAAACUAGACCUUGUCAGCUGUCAGUUUGCAUUUCAUUAUUCGUUUGAAUCAUUACCCCAAGCUGAACAAAUGUUGGCAAAUGUAUCGUCUAACCUUCAACCUGGAGGCUAUUUCAUUGGAACUACAACAGAUGCUGAAGACAUCAUGCGACGACUUGGUCGGAAGGAAUAUCCCGAAAACAGAAAAUUUGGAAAUUCUAUUUUCAGUGUGGAAUUUCCAAUAGAGACACCUUUAGAUCCCCCUCCUCUGUUUGGCGCUAAAUACAACUUCCACUUAGAAGAGGUCGUUGAUUGCCCCGAGUUUCUUGUACAUUUUCCAACAUUUCAAAAGUUAGCUUCCAAAUACGGCCUAACCCUUGUACAAAAAACAAGAUUCGAGGAAUUUGUUAUUCAGGAAUUGGAUCAAGGAAAGGAUCUUCUUAUGAGGAUGAAAGCAUUGGAGGCUUAUCCUCCGUAUGGCAAUCAAAGGCCCGUUAGUCAAGAAUCAGUUGAUUACGAACACGUUCAGGAAUAUCUAGAUUCGUCCUCUAAUGCAGAUGGAUUCCGUCCAAAAGUCGGAACGCUCUCCAAGGCUGAAUGGGAGGCUGUUUCGCUUUACCUGGUUUACAUUUUCCGAAAAGAGGAUCUAACUACUAAAGACAGAAAAAGAAGACUUUCCACGUCGUCCAAUGAAGAAGCGAAUUCGAGGGAUAAGGGGAAAAGGCAUGUAUCAAACUGAAACAUCACACAACAUAAUGCAUCUCAAAAUUCUCAAUAAAAUCAUUUUCCGCGUUA